GUCGUUGUUCAAUCGGCUGUGGAAGACAGAGGCGAGAAGAAAAGGGCGUGUGUGGGCUGCGAUCUUUGCCAUCCGGGUUUCAGGCUUGCAGAGGAGUGCCAGAGAUGGAGACAGCCAUGCAGGCGCAGCUGGUGUCAGCGGCGCAGCAGCUGGAGCAGCAGCUGGACGACGAGAUCAGCCGGCUGGAUCGGCUGGACACCGACGACCUGGAGACCAUCCGCCGCCAGCGCAUCCAGGAGAUGAAGCGCAUGAAGGAGAAGCGUCACGAAUGGCACGCACAGGGGCAUGGACAAUAUACCGAAAUCCCAGAGGAGAAAGACUUCUUCGAAGUCCCGAAGAAAUCUGAAAACGUUGUGUGUCAUUUCUACCGGGACGACUUCUUCAGAUGCAAAAUUGUUGACAAGCACUUGAAUAGCUUAGCCAAGAAACAUAUGGAAACCAAGUUUGUAAAAAUAAAUGCCGAGAAGUGUCCUUUCCUUACACAGCGACUGAAGAUCAAGGUUUUGCCUACCAUCGCGUUGGUCAAGGACGCCAAGACCAAGGAUUUCAUCGUGGGCUUUGCUGAUCUCGGCAACAACGACGAGUUCUCAACGGAUCUUUUGGAGUGGAGGAUAGCGCAGGCGGGCGUCAUCGACUACAGCGGCGACUUGCUGACGCCGCCGGACCCCGCCGACCGCAAGUCUCGCGUCACGCAGAAGAAGAAGACGAUCCGCGGCCGUGACCAGGACGACUCGGACUCGGACUAGCCGGGCCGCUCCGGCGGCGUCGACGCGUCGGGGCCGUCGUGACGACGAUUGUGGCGCGGGUGGCCGGCCGCAGCGAGGGCCACCGUGUUCUGGCUAGGAACGCGCCUGGGCCGCUCACGGCCUGCGAUGGCGGCUUGAGAGCCGGGUUAGGGUUCAGCAGAUGAGGCUGCCCCGUAUUCGAACCCGCACACGACAUCAUCCGAAGUGAGGACAUUCCUGCGUGGCGUCGAAUUUACAUCCGUGGAUCUGCUAAUGCUGCUGCACAGUUGUUUUAACACGGUAGUUUGGUUCUUACGCUGCAAAUCCACUGUUACUGAACAUCGCGUUCAUUUUUAAUACACUCAUUGUUGCCAUGCUGA